CCCCACUCCCUUCACCCACAGGCCACAUCCCCCCUCUCCUCCUGCCCCCAGCUGCCUCCCUGCCCGCAAGGGAAAGAAAAAAAAAGGCUCGACGACUUUGCCGGACGCGGCGGCGCACGCAUCCCAUCCCACCCCAUCGCCGCGUCGCAUGGCGGAGGACGCCGCGGCGGGCUUCCCAUCCCCAAUCCUGGACCUGCCGGAGCCGCUACUGCUGCACAUCCUGGGCUUCCUCACCGACCCCCGGUCGCGGCACCGCGCCGCGCUGGCGUGCCACCGGCUCCUGGCGGCGGAGCGGUCGACGCGCGCCGCGCUGUCGCUGCGCGGGGACCCCCGGUCGCCCACGUUCCUCCUGCUGGGGCCGGGCUUCUGCUUCCCGGCACUGGAGCGGCUCGACCUCUCGCUGGUGUCGCCGUGGGGCCAGCCGUUCCUCUCCGCCGCGGCGCGGGCCGCCGACGCCGCCGCGCCGCACUCCACGGAGGAGGAGGUCGCGCAGCAGAACGCCUUCAUCGCGGAGCACCUCGCGCAGUGCUUCCCGGCCGUGUCCUCGCUCGCCGUCUACUGCCGGGACCCCACCACGCUCGCCAGCCUCACCCCGCAGUGGCGGGGCCGCCUCCGCGGCGUCAAGCUCGUGCGCUGGCACCAGCGCCCACCGGGACUCGACGCCGGCGCGGAUCUCGAGCCGCUGCUCCGGGACUGCCCCGCGCUCAGGGCGCUCGAUCUCUCCGAGUUCUACUGCUGGACGGAGGACAUCGGGCCGGCGCUAGCGGCGCACCCUGCCGCCGCCGCCGCGCUCACAGAGCUCGACCUCGGCCUGGCGGGCGCCACGGACGGGUUCCACGCCACCGAGCUAGGGGCCAUCGCAGGAUCCUGCCCCAGUCUGCGGAAGCUCGUGGCGCCCUGUGUGUUCAACCCACGGUACGUUGACUUCGUCGGCGACGACGCGCUCCUCGCCAUCGCCACCAGGUGUCCCAAGCUCACGGUCUUGCAGCUUCGGGAACCGUUCGAGUCGGCGUCCACCAGCCAACGGGAGGACGCCGCCAUUACCGUGGCUGGGUUGGUUUCCUUCUUUGCUGCACUCCCGGCGCUGGAGGAUUUCACGCUUGACCUGCGGCAUAAUGUGCUGGAGGCAGCACCGGCGAUGGAGGCGCUUGCCCGCAGGUGCCCGCGGAUCAAGUUCUUGACUCUUGGGGGCUUCCAGGGUUUGUGCAAGGCGUCAUGGUUGCAUCUUGAUGGCGUUGCAGUGUGCGGUUCGCUGGAGUCGCUUUGCAUCAAGAGUUGUCUGGAUCUCACCGACGCCAGCCUUGCAGCAAUCGGUCGUGGGUGUGGUAGGCUUGCUAAGUUCGCCAUCCAUGGCUGCGAUCUUGUGACAUCAUCUGGGAUCAGGAGGCUAGCAACGGCGCUUCGGCCCACAAUCAAGGAAGUCAGUAUCUUGCACUGCCGGCUUCUGGACACAGCAGCAUGCCUCACUGCUCUAAGUCCGAUCCGAGAUCGCAUUGAGAGUCUUGAGAUCAACUGUGUCUGGAAGGAAGUUGAACAACCAGAGAGCGUAGCCAAUGGCACAAUCGGAUGCAACCAUGAGGAUGAUGAUCUAGAUGAAGUUUCAUAUGAGUCUGCAUCGAAGAAAUGUAGGUACAUGGAUUUGGAUGAUCUAGUCAGCUGGGAGAUGCUCCGUUCACUCUCCCUCUGGUUCCCUGCUGGUGAGCUACUCUCCCCACUCAUUUCUGCUGGGCUUGAUAGCUGUCCUGUGCUAGAGGAGAUCACAAUUAAGGUAGAGGGUGAUUGCCGGACAUGUCCACGCCCUGGCCCUCAAGUUUUUUUCGGCCUGAGUGAUCUUGCAGGCUUCCCAGUUCUGGCCAAGAUGAAAUUGGAUCUGAGUGAGGCAGUUGGUUAUGCACUUACUGCACCAGCAGGGCAGAUGGAUCUUUCUCUGUGGGAGCGAUUUUAUUUGCAAGGAAUUGAUUCGCUAAUUACUUUGUAUGAACUCGACUAUUGGCCUCCCCAAGACAAGGAAGUGAACCAACGGAGCCUGACACUGCCCGCUGUGGGACUGCUCCAGCGCUGCACCGGACUCAGGAAGCUCUUCGUCCAUGGCACCACACAUGAGCAUUUCCUGAGCUUCUUCUCGAUGAUGCCAAAUUUGAGGGACAUGCAGUUACGGGAGGACUACUAUCCGGCACCAGAGAAUGAUAUGAUGAUCACGGAAAUGCGGGCUGAGUCUUGGCUCCGGUUCGAGAUGCAGCUGAACAGCCGGAGAAUUGAGGAUUAAGGUGAAUCUGACGAGCUGUGAGAGCAUCAAAUGAAUACAGGUACUUAUUUCAGGUGGGACUGAACCAGGUGGAGUUGAUGUGGGAUGGUGCUGAGCGAUGGAUCAGUUGCUUGUGUUUAGGGGAGUAGCGAAGAUAGCUGGUGUACUGCUAUUGAGGAAGGUAGAAGACAAUGCUCUGAGCCUUUGACCACGCGGAAAAUAUCGGUGAUCUUCUCUAGUUGCAUUUUUCUUUUGCUUUUAUAAUAAAAUAUGUAAUAAGAGAGUUGGUGCAGAAUUAAAAUAUUUGCAGGAGGUGAGAUGACAAAGUAGUCUUUGAGGAAAUUUUGCCAGGGAUGACUUUUUUCCCUCCUUUUUUGAGCUGAGCUGAGUUGAACACCGGCAUGAUAAAUUGGCAUUGUUCUUGUGAGCUGUAAUAAAUAGCUCUGUAAAAAAGAAUAAAAGAAAUGUCAUUCAGUCAUCUCCCUUA